UUUGAAAGUUGGACUUUUAUCGUGACUAUUAUUGAUGGAUAUAUAAUCAUGUGCAAUACAUGUAAACUAUUAAUUUCCUCACCUAAGGUUAAAGGCAGAAAUGGUAAGACACAAGAUUUACACAACACUAUCUUCUUCUUCUUCUCAUCAUCUCCUACUUUUUUUAUUCUUACCUUAUUUGAUUCCAUUAUCAAUUUCUCAAGACAUUGGUUAUGGCUACACAAUUGACUCUGUCAAUAUUAGUCUCCCCGACAAGACUUUGAAAGCUGAUCUUACCCUUAUCAACAACUCCUCCGUUUAUGGACCCGACAUUCAAACUCUCACUCUUUUAGCCAGCUUUGAGAAAAAAGAACGUCUCAGAAUCAGAAUUACAGAUUCACAAACUCAAAGAUGGGAAAUCCCACAAGAUAUCAUUCCCCGGUCAACACAUUCCGGCCGAGAAUCUCCGGUUAGCCACCGCGCUUUGUUGGAAAACAAGGUCCUCUCCAGCCCCACAUCAGACCUUGUUUUUACCCUACAAAGCACCACCCCGUUUGGCUUCACCGUAUCCCGGAAAUCCAAUGGCGACGUACUCUUCGAUACGACGCCUGACACGUCAGAUUCCGGUACAUUCUUGGUGUUCAAGGAUCAGUAUAUACAGCUCUCCUCUUCACUUCCUAAAGAUAGGUCUAAUCUUUACGGUAUUGGAGAACAUACAAAGAGGUCCUUCAAAUUAAUGACUAAUCAGACAUUGACUCUAUGGAAUGCGGACAUAGGAAGUGCAAUUCAAGAUGUUAAUCUUUAUGGUUCCCACCCAUUUUUCUUGGACGUCCGGUCACCGUCGACGGACGGGAGGGUUCCGGCGGGGAGUAGUCACGGUGUAUUGGUGCUGAAUAGUAAUGGAAUGGAUGUGGUAUACAGUGGAGAUAGAAUAAGUUAUAAGAUAAUUGGUGGUAUGAUUGAUUUGUAUAUAUUUGGUGGUCCAUCUCCGGAUAGGGUUAUUCAGCAGUACACUGAGCUGAUUGGUCGGCCUGCGCCUAUGCCUUAUUGGUCUUUUGGUUUCCAUCAAUGUCGAUAUGGAUACAAGAAUAUUUCAGAUGUAAAAUCAGUGGUUGCUAGCUAUGCAAAAGCAGGGAUCCCACUGGAAGUGAUGUGGACAGAUAUUGAUUACAUGGAUGCUUAUAAGGAUUUCACUUUUGAUCCCAUUAAUUUUCCUGCAGAUCAAAUGAAACAAUUUGUUGACAAUCUUCAUCUCAAUGGUCAAAAAUACAUCGUCAUUAUUGAUCCUGGAAUCAGUGUCAACGAAAGCUACGGAACCUACACAAGAGGACUCAAAGCCGACAUUUUCAUCAAAAGAGACGGCGUUCCUUACUUAGGAGAAGUAUGGCCAGGACCUGUUUAUUUCCCUGAUUUCCUACACCCCGACACGAAAACCUUCUGGAAAGACGAAAUCGAAAGGUUCACAGGAAUAGUUCCCGUAGACGGGCUUUGGAUCGACAUGAACGAGCUUUCAAACUUCAUAACUUCACCACCAACUCCGUCUUCCACCCUAGACGAUCCGCCUUACAAGAUCAACAACGCAGGAGUUGAGAGACCAAUAAAUAAUAAGACAACACCAGCAUCGUGUCUGCAUUAUGGGAAUAUUACGGAGUAUGAUGUUCAUAAUUUGUACGGGCUGUUAGAAGCUAGGGCAACUCAUGAUGCUUUAAAAGAUGUGACGGGGAAGAGGCCGUUUGUGCUGAGUAGAUCGACGUUUGUAAGUUCCGGAAAGUGGACGGCUCACUGGACUGGAGAUAUUGCAUCUACGUGGGUGGAUUUGGCUAAUACUGUUCCGACGAUGUUGAGUUUUGGUUUGUUUGGGAUACCUAUGGUUGGUGCUGAUAUUUGUGGGUUUUCUGGGAAUACCACCGAAGAACUAUGCCUUCGCUGGAUUCAGCUUGGUGCCUUUUAUCCAUUUGCAAGAGAUCAUUCGGACAAAUACAGCAUUCGUCAAGAGCUUUAUCUUUGGGAUUCAGUAGCUAAAUCCGCCAGAGAAGUUCUAGGUCUCCGAUACCGACUCCUUCCAUACUUUUACACAUUAAUGUAUGAAGCUCAUAUCAAAGGAACACCAAUAGCAAGGCCUCUUUACUUCUCAUUUCCUCAAGAUACCAACACAUACGACAUCAGUUUUCAAUUCUUAAUCGGAAACUGCGUAUUGGUCUCACCGGUGCUCGAGGAAGGCAAAUCGUCAGUUGAAGCAUACUUUCCGAAAGGAAACUGGUUUAGUCUCUUUAAUUACUCCGACUCAAUACGGUCAAGCUCAGGAGAGUGUGUAACUCUUGAUACACCAGCUGAUAAGACUAACGUGCAUGUCAAGGAAGGUCACAUUCUGGCGAUGCAAGGGGAGGGAAUGACUACACAAGAUGCUCGAAUGACCCCGUUCGAGCUAGUGGUGGUUGUGAGCGGAAAUGGAAGUAUUAGUACGGGUGAAUUGUUUUUGGAUGACGGGGAGGAAGUGGAGAUGGGAGGAAGUGGAGGGAGAUGGAGUUUUCUCCGAUUUUCGGGUGGAAGGAAUGGGAGUCAGACUCUUUUUGUUUCGUCUGAAAUUCAGAAUGGAGGAUUUGCUUUGAGUCAGAAAUGGGUCAUUAACAAAGUGAGUUUUGUAGGGUUGGAAAAUGCUCAGAAACUGAAAGCAGAUCGGGUUCGAAUCAGAAAGGGAUAUAAAUUGAACGGAAGUCGCCCUGUAACAAAGACGAGCUUGGAUGACAAUGGACAGUUUAUAAAUGUUGAAACUUCAGGACUAUCAAUUCUUAUAGGAGCAGAGUUCAGUUUGGAGCUGAACCUCGUUGAAUUGUGAAUCGUGAUAAUGUAAACAUUAUGCAGGCUGAUGGGUUUGGUUUCAAUUGCUUGUUAGCAACUUGAGCAAACUAAUAAUCAAAUAUAGGAUAGACUAUUCGUGAA